AUGAAACCUAACAAACCAUUACGUACACUGACGGCAUUUGCUGGUAUAGGGUAUGUCAUUACUACCACGAUGAUUCCCCGAGUUAGUGAAGUGUUUAUUAAAGUAGGAUUGAAAGGCAGAGAUAUGUCUAAGAAACCACCCGUGGCGGAGAUCCCCGAGUCAAUGGGAAUUGUGGUGGCUGUGACGUAUCUUACAUUAAUGUUGGCGUUGAUUCCGUUUGUGUUCUUCAAGUAUUUGGUUAACUUUGCCAGUAUGUCUAAUGACGAAGAGGUGUCUGAAACGUAUCUUCAACAAUAUAACACUUUGUCUCAUAAUCAUUUAUUCCCCCAUAAUAAGUUGGCAGAGUAUCUUAGUGCUGUUUUAUGUUUGCAAAGUACUACAUUAUUGGGACUUUUUGAUGAUUUGUUUGAUAUUCGGUGGAGAGAUAAGUUCUUUCUUCCUUCAAUUGCCUCUUUACCCUUGCUUAUAGUGUAUUAUGUUGAUUUCAGUGUUACUUCAAUUGUGGUGCCUUCAUUUAUCACCGAAUCCCAAUGGGGAUCUUUACUUCUUGCAAAUGUGGAGUUCCUAAUUAGGUGGGGGAAUAUAGUGGUUUCGAGAAUUACAGGGUUAACUUUUAGUACUCUUGCUCCAGAUUAUUAUAUUAAAACUGCUAUUAAAGUCCCCAAAAUGCUUGACUUAGGUGUAUUCUACUAUUUAUACAUGUCAGCAGUUUCUAUAUUCUCCCCCAAUUCCAUAAAUAUACUUGCUGGCGUCAAUGGGCUUGAAGUGGGCCAACUGAUUGUGCUUGGGAUUAUUCUUUUACUUAAUGAUUCAUGUUAUUUGUUUUCCAACAGUAUAUCUCAGGCGGCACGUGACUCCCAUUUGUUUUCUGCUCUAUUUAUAAUCCCCUUUAUUGGCGUUUCCUUGGGACUAUUACAAUACAAUUGGUUCCCUGCAAAAGUGUUUGUGGGAGAUACGUAUUGUUAUUUCAGUGGGAUGGUAUUUGCGAUUGUUGGUAUCUUAGGGCAUUUUUCCAAGACCUUGAUGAUCUUCCUCCUUCCACAGAUCAUUAACUUUGUGUACUCCGUACCUCAGUUGUUUCAUAUCGUUCCUUGUCCCCGACACAGGCUACCCAAAUUUGAUGUUGAAGACGGUUUAAUGUAUCCAAGUUAUGGUGAAGUCACGACUACAGGUGGUUCAGCCUUGCAAAGGAUUAUGUUUAAUACUUUGGAGGUUUUUGGGUUAAUCAGUCUUAAAAGGGAUAAGAAUGGUGACAUUACUCAUUUCUCCAAUAUGACAAUUAUUAACUUGAUAUUGGUACGGUUGGGACCAUUGAGAGAAGAUGCGUUAUGUAUGGUUAUUCUCUUGUUACAAUUGAUCACUGGAAUCUCAAUGAUAGCAUUUAGACAUACCGUUGGUCCCUGGUUAUUUGGGUAUGAUAAUUUAACCUGGGGAGUUAAAUAG